AUAUUUACAAACCACACUUUAUAGAUACACCAAUUAGCAUUUUCAAACUUAUCACAGGUAUCUGUAAUACAUCAUUCACAUACAAUGGGUAACUUUCCAAAACUACCUGAAGGCACUAAGCUCCAAGUGGGUAGUCACAAAGUCACAGUCAUUGAAUACUUAUCAGAAGGUGGAUUCGCUCAUAUAUACAAGGUGUCAAUUGAUCCAAUAGAGGAAGAUUCAAAUAUAGCCUGUUUGAAGCGGGUUAUACUCAAGGACAAGAGUGGAUUGAACAAUAUGCGCCGAGAAGUCGAUGUCAUGAAAACGUUACGUCACGCUAGAAAUAUCGUCAGGUACUACGAUUCCCAUGCUGAGCGAUUACCCGACGGAACAUACCAGGUGUUGGUAUUGAUGGAAUUGUGUCCUAACAAGUCCCUUUUAGAUUACAUGAAUGUUCAUAUCAAGACGAAGUUGAAGGAGUUUGAGAUCCUUAAUAUCAUAUUGGAUAUCUCUCAAGGUAUUUAUGGAAUGCACCAAUUGAAGUUGAUCCAUCGCGAUAUCAAGAUCGAAAACGUUCUUAUUGAUUCAAAACACCGAUUCAAGCUUUGUGAUUUUGGAUCAACCACUGGUCCAGUAAUGCCACCGCACGACCAACAACAAUUCAAUUUUAUAAGCCACGAUAUUCUUUACCAUACAACCCCUCAGUAUCGUGCCCCAGAAAUGAUUGACUUGUAUCGAGGAUUCCCCAUUGAUGAAAAAGCAGAUAUCUGGGCUUUGGGAUGUUUCUUGUAUAAAUUGUGUUACUAUACCACUCCGUUUGAAGCUCAAGGUGAUAUUGCCAUUCUUCAUGCCUCGUUUCAAUUUUUACCGGAGCCACAUUACUCGGGCGAUCUCAAGAAUUUGAUUAUUAUUAUGCUUCAAGAGAACCCCAUGUUCAGACCAAACAUUGUUCAAGUGUUGAUGUUGAUUUCUAAAAUGAUGGGAUUUGAAUUCAAGAGUUUAGGCUUGGAAGAUAUUUACAAGUUGGGUCCAUACAAUUUCCAGGCAUUGCAUGACUUCCAAGUACAUAAACAAAAUGAAUACAUGAGACAAAAACAAGCAUACUACCAACAGCAGCUUAUUGCCAGUUCAAGAAACCAAAGCAAUGUCAUACCCCCAACAGCAUCUGCAACUCUUGAGAUUCCUGCCAUCAAGAAAGAAACAAGUAGAAGUUCUCUGGCUGGAUCCCGUUUGAGUCAAGUGGUGCAACCAGAGAAAGAGGAAGAAGAAGAAGAAGAAGAGUUAGAUGGAAGUUUUAUUGAAGAUUUGGAAGAUGCUGAAGAAAAGUAUCCUUCCUUGGAUGAAUUGGAUAAAACUGAAUUAGAAGGAGCCGAACAAAGAUAUCCUGCUCUUGAUGACUUGAUUAAGGCAGGUAAUACAAAAGGAGAAUCCAGUCCAAAUCUCGAGCUUUCGCCCAAGAAAUCGACCCUCAAACCAGUUAAACCAGACGAACCUGCCAAGGCAAAACCACUGUUAGAUGUAGAUCUACUUGAUCUUUCAGAUAAGCCAAUGCAACAAGAAGCUACACCAGAACCAGCCGAGUUUACAUCUCCCAUCCUGUUGAAAUCCAGUAAGCGGAUCAAUCCGUUCCCAUUCCCCACAACUGAUAUGUCAGCAAUUGAUAGCGUACAAUCUGAUAUAAGUAUUUCCACCCCGGGUAGAAAUCCAUGGGGCGAUUAUAGAGUGGGUGAUAUUCCAUCACAGCAUCCUUCAAAAAAUAGUGCUGUCCUUACAAACCCGCCUACAGAAAACAUUAUACCUGAACAUCACCCUUUAGAAGGUGUAGCACAGAGUAAACUUCACAGUGAAAUAAUUGAGCCAAAUUUAAUAGAUUUGGAAGUUGGCUUAAAUUCAUCCAAUUCUUCAUCGUCAGUGCUGUUGUUGAAUACUCAAUCUCAACAACAACCAAAUGACGAUCCAUCACAAGUUUCCUUGAUUGACUUGGAAAUCGAGGAACAGAAAGUGAAUGCUGGUGCUCUUCCAGGUGCCGCAGCUGCUGCCGCAGUAGCAGUUUCAGGCGAGCCCAAACCGCAAUUUAAGAAGCGUAUAAAUUCAAUUCAAAGUUCUUCCAGGUUAAGUUUUCAAGAGGAAAUUAUUGAUUUUGAGUCUGAUGACGAGAACAAUGAGUCUUAUAUGAAUAGAUUGAAUAUUAGGAAGUCGUUGAAGAAGUCAAGGAAAACCAGUGAUCACGGGAGAAGAUCUGCUGAGCUUGUUAGGAGAUCGGGAGAACAUAAACGAUCUGAGAGUUUGGUUAGUGAAACAAGAAAGAGACUUUCUUUCUUUGGAGGAAAUUAGUUAGACAAAUAUGCAUAUAGAUAUUUAUAAAUGUCGUUAAAAGAGAAACCU